AUGGUCAAAACAAGGUCUAUGGUCAAGGGCGACUCAGAACUAUGUCGCUCUUGGUAUCUAUUGCACAAUGAGAUUCAGGAUAUGAUUCUACAUACAGUCCUGCUAGAUGCAAGAGCGAAUAAAUACGCCGCCAACGACUCGGCAUCUGGCGCCACACCCUGUCAUAACAUCAGCUUCCUGGCUACUGUGUGUCUGAAAUGGAAGGUAUUUUUUGAAAGAAAUACAUUCAAGCAGUUGGUUCUUGUUCAUUCAGACCUGCCAGUUUUCCAGGAGGUGGUAGAGAGAAGCCCUGUUAGACUCGCCUAUGUGCACUACGUCCUACUUCAAAUCCAGUUGCCAGAGUACAACUGUGAUGACUGUAAGGAAGAAGAAGAUCAGUACACAAUCAACCGCCCAAAACGCGUGGAUAUGCUGGAAGAUAUACUGGAAGAUCUUCUCAGGGACUAA